AUGGCACAAGCACAGCAGGUCGCCUUGGAGCGACUGGAGCAAGUCUCUCGAGGCCUACGGUCAAGAAUCAGCGACGAUGUGCGAAAACGAUCCGCCGUGCAGCUUCGCGAACUUGUCGUUCUUUGCCAUCGAGAUCUCAGCCCCGAACAGUUUCUCACUUUCUACAACUCGGUCAACAACAAGAUUACACAGCUUAUUACACAUGGCAGCGACUCAUCAGAGCGACUCGGAGGUAUCUACGCCCUCGAUGCGCUCAUCGACUUCGAAGGCGUCGAUGUCGCCAUCAAAUACACGCGUUUCACCCAAAAUUUAAAGACGGUCCUCCGUGGGAAGGACAUCAACCCUAUGCAACCCGCUGCGAUCGCGCUUGGAAAACUAUGUCGACCUGGUGGAUCGAUGAUAUCUGAGGUGGUGGACUCCGAGGUCAACACAGCACUCGAAUGGCUCCAAAACGACCGCGUGGAGGAGCGACGAUACAGCGCCGUCCUCGUCCUCCGCGAGUUGGCCCGCAGCGCUCCAACACUGAUGUAUCAGUACAUUCCGACAAUCUUUGACUGGAUCUGGAUUGGACUUAGAGACUCCAGACAGCUUAUCCGGGCGACGUCGGCCGAGACAGUUAGCGCCUGCUUCCGGAUCCUUCGCGAACGAGACCAAGAGAUGAAGCAGCUCUGGAUGAGCAAGAUUUAUAAUGAGGCGAAGCAGGGGCUCAAGGUCAAUACUGUUGAAUCUAUCCACGGUUCCUUGCUCGUCGUGAAAGAACUUCUCGAGCAGGGAGCCAUGUACAUGCAGGAGCAUUAUCAACAGGCAUGCGAUAUUGUUUUCAAGCACAAGGAUCAUAGAGACCCGACCAUUCGAAAGACUGUGGUUCUUCUGAUCCCAGAUCUAGCCAGCUACUCCCCAGCAGACUUUGCGCAUACUUGGUUGCACAAAUUCAUGGUGUAUCUUUCUGGCAUGCUAAAGAAGGACAAGGAGCGCAAUGAUGCUUUCCUUGCAAUCGGUAACAUUGCCAACUCGGUCAAGAGUGCCAUCGCUCCGUAUCUUGAUGGUGUCUUGAUCUACGUGCGAGAAGGCCUCAGCAUUCAAUCUCGCAAGAGAGGCUCAGUCGAUCCUGUAUUUGACUGUAUCAGCCGUCUUGCUGUGGCUGUCGGACAGACUCUCAGCAAAUACAUGGAGGCGCUACUGGAUCCUAUCUUCGCCUGCGACCUUACCCCUAAGCUCACCCAAGCCCUUGUCGAUAUGGCCUUUUAUAUCCCCCCAGUCAAGCCGACAAUCCAAGAACGACUACUCAAUAUGCUCAGCGUAGUUCUCUGCGGCGAAUCUUUCAAGCCCCUUGGCGCUCCACAACCGAAUACUCUCACAUCAGUUCCUAUUAUUCCCAAAGACGCAAAGGAUCCUCUGGCUUACGAACACCGAAGGGCUGAGGUCAAACUGGCGCUUAACACUCUCGGUAGUUUUGACUUCUCAGGCCACGUUUUAAACGAGUUCGUUCGCGAUGUCGCGAUCAAAUACGUCGAAGACGAAGAUCCAGAAAUCCGUGAAGCAGCAGCCUUGACAUGCUGCCAACUAUACGUCCGCGAUCCGAUUGUCAACCAGACUAGUUAUCAUGCGCUUCAAGUCGUUGGCGAUGUUAUAGAAAAACUCCUCACCGUUGGAGUCUCAGAUCCUGAACCGAAUAUCAGACGGACAGUUCUCGCAGCCCUCGACGAACGAUUUGACCGUCACUUGGCCAAGGCUGAGAACAUUCGCAUUCUUUUCUUCGCCUUGAACGAUGAAAUUUUCUCCAUCAGAGAAGUUGCCAUCUCGAUCAUCGGCCGACUGGCUAGGUACAACCCAGCCUAUGUCAUUCCCUCGCUCCGAAAGACUCUUAUUCAGUUGCUCACCGAACUCGAGUUCUCCGACGUCGCCCGGAAUAAAGAGGAGAGUGCCAAGUUGUUGAGUCUCUUGGUCCAGAAUGCCCAAUCCCUCAUCAAGCCAUAUGUCGAGCCCAUGAUCUCAGUUCUUCUCCCCAAAGCGAAAGACAGUAACCCUUCAGUCGCCGCAACCAUUAUGAAGGCCAUUGGUGAACUUGCUACCGUGGGUGGCGAGGAUAUGAUGCCGUAUAAAGACCGAUUGAUGCCGCUCAUUCUCGAUGCGCUACAGGACCAGAGCUCCAACGCAAAGAGAGGGGCUGCUUUACAUGCCCUCGGACAACUUGCGAGCAACUCGGGAUACGUCAUCUUACCAUACAUCGAGUACCCUCAACUACUCGAAAUCCUGCAAAGUAUCAUCAGGACUGAGGGACAGGGAGUGCCCUUGCGACAGGAAACCAUUAAAUUGAUGGGUAUCCUGGGUGCGCUCGAUCCUUAUAAGCAUCAGGCCGAGGAACGAACUCCCGAUUCAAGAGGCGGCGAGGCCAACCAGUUGACAGACAUUUCCCUAAUGAUGACUGGACUUACACCCUCCAACAAAGAAUACUUCCCGACUGUUGUUAUUAAUGCUCUACUUCAGAUUCUGAAGGAUUCGUCCCUGGUUCAGCACCACGCGGCUGUGAUUGAAGCGAUUAUGAACAUCUUCCGCACCCUGGGCUUGGAGUGUGUGUCGUUCCUUGAUAGAAUCAUACCGGCAUUCCUUCAAGUGAUACGGUCGGCUACUUCCACAAGACUGGAGUCUUACUUCAACCAACUGGCAACUCUCGUGAGCAUUGUCCGGCAACAUAUAAGAAAUUACCUGCCGUCCAUUGUUGAGAUCCUUCAAGAAUACUGGCACACCUCCCCAUCACUGCAGACUACCAUUCUGUCUCUUGUGGAGGCCAUUUCAAGAUCGUUGGAGGGUGAAUUCAAGAUUUACCUGGCAGGCUUGCUACCCUUGAUGCUUGGUGUGCUGGAUAAGGACACCUCCGCCAAACGCACACCGUCAGAGAAGGUAUUGCAUGCUUUCUUGGUCUUCGGCGCCAGCGCUGAGGAAUACAUGCAUCUCAUUAUUCCUGUUAUUGUCCGAACGUUUGAGAAGCAGGGCCAACCUACCUUUAUCAGGAAGCAGGCCAUUGAUACGAUCGGAAAGAUUUCACGUCAAGUGAACCUCAACGACUACGCUGCUAAGAUCAUUCAUCCUCUUACACGUGUGUUGGAUAUGGGCGACCCAGUGCUCCGCAUUACUGCCCUGGAUACUCUCUGUGCGCUUAUUCAGCAGCUGGGCAAGGACUACUUACACUUCAUGGGAACCGUUAACAAAACGAUCAACCAACAUCAGAUUCAGCACUCCAACUAUGAGCUACUUGUCAGUAAGCUCCAGAAGGGAGAAGUCCUGCCACAGGAUCUCAGUUCAGGAGCCGGCUUUGGCGAUGGAGCAGACGAGCCUGCCUUUGCCGAUCAAGGAACAAAGAAGCUGGAGAUGAACGCCAUUCAUCUCAAGGCUGCUUGGGACACAAAGGGCAAGUCUACAAAGGAGGAUUGGCAAGAGUGGCUGCGACGUUUCAGUACAAUGCUCCUUACCGAAUCGCCAAACCAUGCCCUCAGAGCUUGUGCCAGCCUCGCCAGUGUGUAUCUUCCUCUGGCAAGAGAACUCUUCAACUCGGCGUUUGUCUCUUGCUGGAGCGAGCUGUACGAGCAGUUCCAGGAUGAACUCAUCCAGAACAUUGAGAGCGCGAUCAAGUCCGAGAACGUCCCGCCUGAUCUGCUAGGCCUCUUACUCAAUCUCGCCGAGUUUAUGGAGCAUGACGACAAGGCUUUGCCGAUCGACAUCCGGGUUCUCGGUAGGGAAGCUGCUCGCUGUCACGCGUAUGCAAAGGCCUUGCACUACAAGGAACUGGAGUUCCUGCAGGACCAGAGCAGUGGCGCAGUCGAGGCCCUGAUCGUUAUCAACAAUCAGCUCCAGCAAUCUGAUGCCGCUAUUGGUAUUCUCCGCAAAGCUCAAUUGUAUAAGGAAGGCAUACAGCUGCGAGAAACCUGGUUCGAGAAGCUGGAACGCUGGGAAGAGGCACUUGCGUUUUACAACAAGCGAGAGGAAGAGGUGCCCGAAGACCAAGCGAUACCUGUCGAUAUUGUCAUGGGAAAGAUGCGCUGUUUGCACGCCCUCGGAGAAUGGGAGGCUUUGGCUACUUUGACUGGCAGCACGUGGGCCAACUCUUCUCCCGAUGUCCAGAGAAUGAUUGCCCCUCUUGCUACAGCUGCUGCCUGGGGUCUGAACAAGUGGGAUUCCAUGGACAACUACCUCUCUUCGCUCAAGAGAUACUCACCUGAUCGUUCAUUCUUUGGUGCCAUCUUGGCGCUCCACCGCAAUCAGUUCCGCGAGGCGAUAGCAUGUGUCACGCAGGCUCGUGAAGGUCUGGAUACUGAGUUGAGUGCGCUGGUUAGCGAGUCGUACAACCGAGCAUACCAAGUCGUUGUUCGAGUGCAGAUGCUUGCUGAGCUGGAGGAGCUCAUCGUCUACAAGCAAUGCGACGAGAAAAAGCAAGCCAUAAUGAGGCGAACUUGGGAGACUCGAUUGAAGGGAUGCCAGAGGAACGUCGAGGUCUGGCAGCGCAUGCUCAGGUUGCGUGCUAUAGUGAUCGCACCCACCGAGAACAUGCACAUGUGGAUCAAGUUUGCCAACCUUUGUCGCAAGUCUGGCCGCAUGGGUCUCGCCGAGAAGUCUCUCAAGCAACUCAUUGGAACCGACGCUCCAUUGGAAUCCAUGAUACCCUACUGGAACGAUCAACGACAGCCAGGGCCUGGACCCCGAACUGCACCAGCAGCUCAGGUUAUCUACGCCGUGCUCAAGUACCAGUGGGAGCUUGGACAACAGCCUGUUUCUAAGAAGACCAAUGUUCCUGAGAAGACCCUGUACUGCCUGCGCAAGUUCACCAAUGAUGCUGCGCACCGCCUGGAUGUUGCCAAGGCUCAUCUGAAUGCCCAAGCCGGCAGCGAAGUCAAUAUCACGGGUGAUUACGGCUUCCAGAACCCCAUGGACCCUGCCAUCAUGAGCCCACAGACCCAGCGAGCGUUGUAUGACCAAACGGUUCUGCUGGCCAAGUGCUACUUAAGACAGGGAGAGUGGUUGAUUGCGCUCAAUAAGGAUGACUGGCAAUACACUCAAGUGCAAGACAUCCUCACCUCGUACUCUCAGGCGACCAAGUACAAUCCCCACUGGUACAAGGCUUGGCACGCCUGGGCACUGGCCAACUUCGAGAUUGUGCAGACGCUCACAGCUGGAAAUGAAGGACACUUGUCACGGACGGAUCAAGCAAUGGUCAUCGACCAUGUUGUUCCAGCUGUCAAAGGCUUCUUCAAGUCUAUCGCGCUUUCAGAAGGAAGCUCGCUGCAGGAUACACUCCGCUUGCUUACACUCUGGUUUACGCAUGGAGGUAGCGUGGAUGUCACCUCAGCCGUGACAGAAGGCUUUGCUAAUGUCAGCGUCGACACAUGGCUCGAGGUUAUUCCUCAACUGAUCGCGCGAAUCAACCAGCCCAACAAGCGUGUUCAGCAGUCUGUGCAUAACCUUCUUGCUGAUGUCGGACGAGCUCACCCUCAGGCUUUGGUCUAUCCUCUGACUGUGGCCAUGAAGUCCUGGCAGAACACACGCCGAUCGCGCUCUGCAGCUCAGAUCAUGGACAGCAUGAGACAGCACAGCGCAAACCUGGUCGCCCAGGCCGACAUUGUCAGUCAUGAACUGAUCCGUGUAGCUGUACUGUGGCACGAACUCUGGCAUGAAGGACUGGAAGAAGCAUCGCGCCUAUACUUUGGCGAUCACAACAUUGAAGGCAUGUUUGCCACCCUUGAGCCCUUACACGAGCUUCUAGAACGCGGCCCUGAGACUCUUCGAGAGAUCUCUUUCGCGCAGGCGUUUGGUCGGGAUCUCAAGGAGGCCCAAGACUGGUGCCGUCAAUACGAGACGAGCCAAGACGUCAACGAUUUGAACCAGGCGUGGGACCUGUAUUAUCAGGUAUUCCGCAGAAUAAGUAGGCAGCUUCCUCAGGUUACCACCCUGGAGUUGACGUACUGCUCGCCCAAACUGCUCAACGCCAAAAACCUGGACCUGGCUGUUCCAGGAACAUACAAGAGCGGACAGCCCAUUGUGAAGAUCAUGUCUUUCGACACGACGUUUAGCGUUAUCAACUCUAAGCAGCGUCCACGAAAGCUCAACGUCAACGGCAGCGACGGCAAGUCGUACGCCUUCUUGCUCAAGGGCCACGAGGAUAUUCGUCAGGACGAACGAGUUAUGCAGCUGUUCGGCCUAUGCAAUACCCUGCUGUCGCACGACCCGGAAUGCUUCAAGCGCCAUCUUAACAUCCAGCGCUAUCCUGCAAUCCCUCUGUCGCAGAAUAGUGGUCUGCUGGGGUGGGUUCCCAACAGCGACACCCUCCACGUUCUUAUUAGGGAGUACCGUGAGAGUCGCAAGAUCCUGCUCAACAUCGAACAUCGCAUCAUGCUGCAGAUGGCGCCCGACUACGACAACCUCACCUUGAUGCAGAAAGUCGAGGUGUUUGGUUAUGCGUUGGACAACACCACAGGUCAAGACUUGUACCGCGUGCUGUGGCUCAAGUCCAAGUCCUCUGAGGCUUGGCUCGAGAGACGAACAAACUACACACGCUCUCUUGGUGUCAUGUCUAUGGUGGGCUACAUCCUUGGAUUGGGUGAUCGUCAUCCUUCCAACCUGAUGCUCGACCGUGUCACCGGAAAGAUCAUCCACAUCGAUUUCGGUGAUUGUUUCGAGGUAGCAAUGAAGCGAGAGAAGUACCCCGAACGGGUUCCCUUCCGAUUGACUCGCAUGUUAACCUAUGCUAUGGAGGUUAGCAAUAUUGAGGGUAGCUUUAGAAUUACAUGCGAGAACGUAAUGAGAGUCUUGAGAGACAAUAAGGAAAGUGUCAUGGCUGUCCUGGAAGCGUUCAUCCAUGAUCCUCUCCUCACCUGGCGUUUGACCAACGCCGCCUCACCCGCAGGCCCCAACUUCCGCUCCGAUAGAGACGCAGCAAUGCCCGUGGUACCUGGCGGCGUUCGCGCCCGUCGUCAAUCCAUCCUGGACAGCGACGUCGCACCCUCAGAACUCCUCAACGCUCCUGAGCCAUCCAUCCAGACACGCGCACGCGCUCGCACAAACAGCUCCGCAGGCGUGGACGGCAACCCGAUCGUUAAUGGCGCACCAGAGGUAGAGAGCCAGAAUGCGCGGGCCGUCGAGGUGCUGGACCGCGUGCAGCAGAAGCUCACGGGUCGGGACUUCAAGAAUAACGAGGAGCUGGACGUGAUUAACCAGGUCAACAAGUUGAUUAUGGAGGCAACUAAGCUGGAGAAUCUGUGCCAGCACUAUAUAGGAUGGUGCAGCUUCUGGUAG